GAUCGAGACGCUGGGUUGUUUUGGAGGUGGCAAGAUGGAUAUUCUGAAAGCGGAGAUCGCGCGGAAGAGGAAGCAGCUGGAAGAGAAGGCGCUGGUUGGGGGGGAAAAGAAGUACUUUAAACGCAGCGAACUUACCGCAAAAGAAAAGGAGGAAUAUUUUGAGCGAUGCGGAUACAAGAUGCAGAAAGAAGAAGAGGAAGAAAAGCCUUCCUCAUCAAGUAAUCCGGUCUUGGAAUUAGAAUUGGCAGAGGAAAAAUUGCCCAUGACUCUCUCUAGGCAGGAGGUAAUCCGGAGGCUGAGAGAAAGGGGGGAACCCAUCAGACUUUUUGGAGAGACAGACUAUGAAACCUUUCAGCGCCUACGGAAGAUAGAAAUUCUCGCGCCUGAAGUCAAUAAGGGUUUAAGAAAUGACCUAAAGGCUGCCCUGGAUAAGAUUGACCAGCAGUAUUUCAAUGAACUUGUAGCUGGCCAGGAAACAACAGACGAGGAUACACAGAAUGACCUGAAAGUCCAUGAAGAGAACACCACAAUUGAAGAGCUGGAGGUUUUGGGGGAAUGCCUAGGACAAGGGGAUGACAACAAAGAUAUGGAUACCAUAAACAAGGUUCUUAAGUUUCUUUUAGGAGUUUGGGCCAAAGAACUCAACGCAAGGGAAGAUUAUGUGAAACGCAGUGUUCAUGGGAAACUUGCAAGUGCUACACAGAAACAAACGGAAUCUUACUUAAAGCCUUUAUUCCGAAAACUGAGGAAGAAGAACCUGCCUGCUGACAUCAAAGAAUCCAUUACAGAUAUCAUAAAAUUCAUGUUACAAAGGGAGUAUGUCAAGGCAAACGAUGCUUACUUACAGAUGGCUAUAGGCAACGCUCCUUGGCCUAUCGGUGUGACUAUGGUUGGUAUCCAUGCUCGUACUGGUCGGGAGAAGAUCUUUUCCAAGCACGUGGCCCAUGUGCUGAACGAUGAAACACAGCGUAAAUACAUUCAGGGUUUGAAGAGGUUAAUGACCAUUUGUCAGAAAUAUUUUUCCACGGAUCCAUCAAAGUGUGUGGAAUACAAUGCGCUGUGACCAGGAUCUUCUUUUCUACUCUCAGUGGCUGUGUAGAUUUUAUUAUGUUAAACAAACCCUGCCUAAAUGUUCAGAUACUCAGUUAAGCACACCUAUGUUUCUGUUCUAUAGAAAUGUGUGUGUCAUUUCCAAAAUGUUAAAUUUAAUAAAGGAUUAUGGAAAUACA